GCAUUUUCCGUCGAAAUCGGCUGGAAAAAGCCAACACGGCGUGCGUUUUGUUUCGGCAAAAGUGGCGCUCGAUAUGCACUCGCGUGCAAAAAGACGCGCGGCGUUCUUUCUUGUCGUCGCCAUCGCAAUAGAAAUGGUUACGGCUACCACUAAUUCAUCGGGCAUCAACGACAGCCGCAAGAUCGGCAAGUUUUUUCAUUAUCAACCGUACGGUGCUCCUGUUUAUGGGACGCCAAGCAAACCGAUUCCGCAGCAGCAAAAGUGCGAUUGUGGAAGAAGUAAUCGCCUCAUUCGACCUGAAGCAAAAAUUAUCAAUGGGAGUGCAACUCGUCCACAUGAAUAUCCAUGGAUGGCAAUCAUUUCCAACAAAGGGCAGUAUUUGUGCGCAGGAUCGUUGAUAACAGACUAUCACGUUUUAACAGCUGCUCAUUGCCUCAAAGCUGAUAUUUUAAGAGAUGACAUGAAAGUGAUACUUGGACAACAUAACAAUUGUGAAGAAAACAGUGAUAUUGUAACCUUUUCCGUGAGCGACAUCAUUCGACACAGUCGUUUUAAUCCGGAAACAUUUGCUUUUGACCUGAUGUUACUCAAAUUAAACAUGAAAGUGACUUUUGGGCAGUUUAUCAGACCAAUUUGUUUACCACCAUUAGACCCGUAUCAGCGAACGGUAACAAAAAAAUAUAAAAACCGUGAUGGAAUCAUUGUCGGUUGGGGCACAACGAAUGUCUUUGAUGAUACCGAGCUCAGUUGUCUUCCACUUCAAGCCGGUGUGCCUAUUUUGGGGCUGGAUUCAUGCCCUGGUUAUGAUGAGUCUUUGUUCUGUGCGGGAUACCUCAAUGGAGAAGCUGACAGCUGCCAAGGUGACAGUGGUGGUCCGCUUCAAAUACAAAACAAAGACACACGUUUUGAGCUUAUUGGGAUUAUCUCGGCUGGCGAGGGUUGCGCGGUUGCAGGACGUCCCGGAUUGUAUUCGGACGUGUUACAAAACCUCAAUUGGAUUUACAAACGCAUCGCAGGAGCAUCAUGUGGGGCCUAUCCCUAUGGUUUUGUGGUUUUAUAAAGGAAUAUAAUAUGCUAUGUAUGUUAAUACUUAUUAAUCAUAAAUAAACUAUUAUUUUAUUAAAAGUUACUA